AUGUCCACUAAUCCGUCAAACAAAACAGAAUCUACGUCAGCAGAAUCAAGCAAGAAGUCAAAACCACCAGCAACCUUGCCACCGAUUACCAAUCCAAAACGUAAGAGAAAGCGUCAAAAAUUAUUCACCAAAGAUAUUGAGAAUUUAUUAUAUGCCAUGGGUGAUCGUCCUGUUAGCACUGAUGCAACAGUGAAUGCAUUAGAGGAUGUAUUGGUUGAGUAUAUUACCCAAGUAUCGUAUUCAAUGGUUAAUUUUGCUAAAAGUCAGAACAGAACUCGUGUGAAAUUGAAUGAUUUGGCAUUCACUCUACGAAACGACCCUGCGAAAUUGGCGCGUUUUAGAUACAUACUUGAACAAAGUUAUAAAAUUGAAAGAGCAAAGAGAAUGUUUGAUGAUAACAAUGAUAAAUAUGAUGCAGAUAGCAAAAAUGAUGAAGAUGCAGAUGAUGAUGAAGAUGACGAUAAUGACGAGGCAAAAGAAGGAGUGGAAAAUGGUGGCGGUACAAGUGACAAAUUACAGAAAGUAAAUGGUAAGAAUAAAUCCGAUAGUUCGGAUAAACUGCAAAAGAAGAAGAGAAGAAAAGUCACCGGAAAUGUCAUGAUUGAACAAGAUUAA